AUGGAUACCUCACAUCAAGGCUUACGAGCCGAAGCACUACAUACUGAGGAGCGCACGAAGGGAGCCUUCAAGCGACGAUUUGGAUAUGAGCGUACCUAUACCAUCCAGCACCGUCUUCCCGGCCAGAAUCUUAACAAGAUAUGGCUCGGAUUUUCGAUCAAACAGAAGAUAAGCACGAUGCACAUUGUUGUUCGUGUCAUGAAGAGAUUGCAUAAGAUUCAGGGACCCAAGGCAGGUAUCAUUGCCCGACUAAGAGUUCUACUACUUUCUCGCGGCGAAGUCAUCCCGGAGAUUUGUGCCUUCAGAACUAGUCGGGGCCCGGUAUCAGCAUUUGCAGGACCUGUGGACCGCCCCGCUGAGGCUAUGACUACCCGUAAAUUCUUGCUACACCAGAGUCGUCGAUGGCAAAGACUGGAGCAAGAUCAGGAGGACCGCGAUGAGGUUAUAUGGGAUUGUUUCGAUAUCAUCACCAAAUCCCUUCACAACAUGGGCUUUAUUCCGGAUACCGACCGUUUCUACUUCUGCCAUCUCGACCUCUAUCCACGAAACAUGCUCGUAGAGAUUGAAGAUGAUUCAUCGCUCUCACUCACCGGACUGCUGGACUGGGAUGCUCAGUUCGCAUACUUUUGCCCCAAGUUCGUCGCUUAUCGUGCGCCGUUCUGGCUAUGGAUAUCGGGUGGUCACGAGUACGAUGAGAUGAUAGCUGCAGAUGAGCCAAAAGAUGCUGAUUACCGGCGAUUGAAGAGCUCGUGGGAGGAAGCGGUGAGUGUCGAGUGGAAGCGAUAUGCCUACGAACCGGAGUAUAUGAUCGCGAGGAGAAUGUUUGCUCUGCUCAGAGACGGUAUUCGUCGUGAUGGAGACAAAGAGGAAGCCAGGUCUAUUGUCGAUGCAUGGCAGAAGCUGCAUUACGAUCAGAGGCUUGCCACCGCAUACGCGAGGGACGAAAGCGAUGACACCGAUGCAAGCAUGGACAUUGGGGAUCGAGAUGCAGGCAUAUACACAUUGGCUCAACAAGACCUUGAGCUCGACGAUGUGCGGGACGAGGAUGACGGGGCUAUCGACUCGCAUGACUAA